AUGCAGACGUUCCGCGACCUCUACAACUGGAGCGUCGGACCCUCACGCACUGAUUUCUGGGUCGACAUGUGGAAAGCUAGCAACCUCAUCUACUCCGGUACCUACACCACCGUCGUCGACACCUCCCUCCCCAUGGAGACAAAUCCUCACUGGUUCCAAGGCACUUAUCUCAACUUUGCCGAAAACGUCCUCUUUACCGCCUCUCCUACCGAUUCUACCGUCCGCACCACAACCCACAAAGAAGAGUCUAAGAUCGCGUUGACAGAGAUCCGCGAGGGCAACACUGAAAUUAGACAUCUAACUUGGGGUGAUCUGCGACGACGCGUGGGUGUUCUCGCGAAUGCUUUGCGUGCUAGGGGGGUGGGCAAGGGUGAUCGCGUCGCUGUGAUUGCAUCAACCAGUUUUGAUACGUUUAUUGCUUUCAUGGCGACGGUUACUGUCGGUGCACUAUUCAGCUCUAGUAGUACUGAUAUGGGUACGAAAGGCAUCCUCGAACGAUUAUUGCAGAUCCGUCCCAAGUACGUUCUUGUGGAUGAUUGGGCAGUGUACAAUGGAAAGACCAUCGAUCUGAGACCGAAGAUCGAGGGAAUCCUUGAGGGCAUGGAGAGCGGUGGUGUGGCGGAGUUUGAGGGUGUUAUUGUGCAGCCUAGGUUUCCUGGGAGGCCGGCUGACGUUGGAGGUUUGUCGAAGACGGUACGGUUGGAUGAGUUUUUGGAUGUUGCGGGAGGGAACGACACCUUGGUGUUUGAGCGUGUGGCUUUCAGAGAUCCGUUUCUGAUUGUCUAUUCCAGUGGGACGACGGGUGUGCCAAAGUGCAUUGUGCAUUCCACUGGUGGUGUGCUCAUGAAUGUUUGCAAAGAGAGUAUACUGCACAAGGAGAUGACACCUGAAAGUGUGAUUCUGCAGUAUACUACCACUGGAUGGAUAAUGUACGUUGUAUCCGUACAAGUUUGUCUCUUCGGUACCCGUUCCGUCCUUUACGAUGGCUCUCCCUUCCAACCGUCCCCAGAGGCUUUCCUCUCUAUCCUAGAAGAACAGCGCGUGACCGACUUCGGCACCUCACCACGUUUCCUCCACGAGCUUCAAAAACGCAACAUCUCACCCCGCAACCUGUUUCAGCUCUCCCACCUAAAGAGCGUAGGAACAACCGGCAUGGUCCUCACAGAAGCGCAAUUCGAAUGGUUCUACGACGCUGGUUUCCCCACCUCCGUUCACCUACGCAACCAAUCCGGUGGCACAGAUAUUGCUGGACGUUUUGGACUUGAGAACCCACUUCAGCCCGUUUACGCAGGCGGAUGCCAAGGUCCUGCUCUAGGCACAAAGAUUGAGGUUUACGACUCCCUCAUCGAAUCGGGUCCAGGCUGCGCAAUCCCCGACGGCGAACCAGGUGAACUCGUCGCUACCGCCUCAUUCCCUAACCAGCCAGUCUACUUCUGGGGCGACGACGCUCAAAAUACGCGGUACCAGUCUGCAUACUUUACUCGCUUCCCUGGAGUAUGGACGCACGGCGACUUCAUCCAGAUGCACCCCAUCACAGGCCAAAUCUUGUUCCUUGGCCGCGCAGAUGGCGUGCUGAAUCCCAGCGGUGUGCGUUUUGGUUCCGCAGAUAUCUACAGCGUUAUUGAGACGCAUUUCCCCGAAGUGGCGGAUAGCAUCUGUGUAGGACAACGGCGUCCGGGGGAUGUUGACGAGAGUGUCAUUCUCUUUCUCAAGAUGAACAAGGGGUUCGGGUACACCGAGUCUCUGGUGAACAAGAUCAAAAGUAAGAUUGCUGAGGAGAGGAGUCGGCGACAUGUUCCAAAAUACGUGUUCCAGACUUGGGAUAUUCCGACUACAGUAAAUUUGAAGAAGGUCGAGUUACCUGUCAAGCAGAUCGUGUCCGGCAAGAAGAUCAAGCCAAGCGGAACGUUGGCGAACCCUGAAAGUCUUAAGUUCUAUGAGCAGUUUGCGGAUGUGGAGAACGUGGUCAGGAGGAUGACGAAUGAGAAGAAGUCAUAUAGGAGGAGUACGUUAUAG